ACCUACCAUCAAAUCAUCACCACACAAUGGAAGUCAACCGCCCUUCCCAGAAAUCGCAGACCUCCCGUAAGGGUAAGAAGGCCUGGAGAAAGAAUAUCGAUAUUGACGAUGUGCAAGCUGGUUUGGAACGGAACCGCGAGGACUAUAUCGCGCACGGAUCCAAGUUGAGCGAGGUAUCCUCCGCUGACCUCUUCACCGUGGACGUGUCUGGUGAUGCCAAGAUUGCUCAUAAAAUCUCUAAAAACACCAAGGUGUUGAAGGCAACUGAGAUUUUAAACAAGAGAUCCAAGGCGCCAGCCUUGGUGGAGUUGAGAAAUAACAAGAAGUCGCUUCAGGGCGUUUCCGGGAAGGAGAUCCACCGCUUAAUGAAGCUCGCGGGGAGAGUCCAGGGUGCCUCACAGACCGACGCGAUUGUCGAGAAAGAGGGAAUUAUGCGCUAUGAGUCGUACGAUGUUUGGGGCGACGAUGGCCCACUGACCGCGGCUGCCGUCAAGGCGAGAAAGAUUGCCUUGGCCACGCCGAGCAUCCUCAAGGAACGCUCCAUCUCUGGUCACACGAAGGCUUCCAAGGUUCCAUCUACUUUAUUGGAGGCGCCUAUCAAGAUCAAGGCAUACGAAACGAUUCCAAGCGCCGGUAAGUCGUACAACCCAUCCUUGGACUCGUGGAAGUUGUUGAUCAACGAGGAGUACGCGAAGGAAAAGACCAAGGAGGAUGCCCGACUCGCGUUGGAGGCGCACAAGCAGAAGAUCCAGGAAUUGAUCAACCAGUUGGAUAACAACGAGGAAGACGAUUCUGGCGCUGAGCAGGAUGCUGGAGAGGAGGAGGACGCGGAGGACGCCACCGAGCUCACUAGAUUGUCUGUUAACAAGCCGACCGAAAAGAAGAUUAAGACCCGGGCGCAGAGAAACAAGGAGGAAAGAUUCAAGGAGAGGACGGAGUUGGAGAGCAAGUUGAAGUCGCUCAAGCACCAGAUCAAGGAGUUGGAGAAGUUGCCCGAGUUCUUAGACGAGAUUAGCGCCAAGAUCGAGAAGACCGCCGCCACGGUGGCUAAGAAUUCUGAUCCAGCGUUUAAGAAGCACAAGUUGUUCAAGUACGCGUCGGUGGACGAUCCGUUGGAGGUCAAGUUAUCGGAUGAGUUGACCGACUCCUUGCGUUUGUUGAAGCCAGAAGGAAACUUGUUAUACGACCAGAUGAGAAAGAUGCAGAACUCCGGGAAGGUCGAGGCCAGAAAACAGGUUUCCAAGAAGAGAAGAUACGCCCCGAAGAUCACCGAGAAGUGGACCUACAAGGAUUUCAAAUAGUCCGAGAGUGGAUUUCUAUGUUUUAUACGUGUACCAUAGUUUAUUAAAUGCAUUUAGAAAAAUGAAAUGAAAUGCUGAACG